UUGAAGACUUUAUAAUUGGAGCCAAAUUUUGUCAGUCAUCAUUCUCUAGCAAGAUUCGUAGAAGGUAGACUAGUCACUGAAGUAGUCGUGCAAGUAAAAAUAAAUAACUCAAUAUUGGCGAGGAUUGUGAAAUUAUCUAAUUUGGAAGGCAAACACGGGAAAUUUCGAGAAAGAAAGAUCACGUAAAGAGGUCAGCAUACUGCAGCAAUUAACCAUUUUCGCGAGUUUUGUAGCAAAAAAAGAAAUUUAAACAAAGGACAAUAUGGAAUUUCCGGACUUGGGCGAUCACUGUGCCGAGCGAACAUGUAGAAAAUUGGAUUUUUUACCAAUAAAAUGCGAUUCGUGCGACGACUUUUACUGCUCGGAGCACUUUAGCUACAAAGCGCAUGGAUGUCCUUCGGGGCGUCGCGAUUACCAAGUCCCCAUUUGCCCGUUGUGCAAUCAGCCAGUGCCCACGCCGCCCAAUGCAUCGCCCGACGAGAGUGUUUCGCGGCAUCUCGACUCGUUUUGCGUCUCGGAACGACGUCGCAUCUACACAAAUCGCUGCAGCUACCGGAACUGCAAGCGGAAAGAAGUCGUGCCAAUCAAGUGUCACACGUGCAACCUGAACUUUUGCUUGAAGCAUCGCCAUUGCUUGGAUCAUCACUGCGACGGACCCGAUAUGGGACGUCAGAGGGCAGCGUUAUCGCGUCUCACAGACCCCCAGCCGCCAACAACAACGAAUGGAAAUGGGAGUGUCGAACAUGUGCAAGGUACCAUGUCGGAGGACGAGGCACUAAGUCGUGCCAUUUUCAAUAGUUUGCAAGAUAGUCCCAAAUAUGUGCCCCCACCGCCUGUCGAUAAAACUAGUGAUCGUUGCUCCUUGUCUUAAAUUAAGACGACAACUACAAAUUUUUAUCAUUUACACACAACAAAAACACAAAAAUACAAAUGAAAAUACUUUUACAUUGCCAGAAUUUAUACACCACACUUACACACCUCUAAUACCUGCGAGAAAUAGAACUUAUCAACAAGAUUUUUAGCUCUAACUAUCCGAACGUAGGACAGACGAAUAUGAAAUAUAUUUUUAAAAAUUAA